CACCCUUUUCAACCCCGUUCGCUCCUUCGAUUUUUGUCCCGGUUGCGGUUGGCCGAAGCGGUUGUUCGAUGUUUGGUGGGAGUCCGUCCGUCACUGUGAAGUGAUAAUGAUCAUGGACUAUUGCGCACUGAGCAGCAAACCAAUCGAAGUUGAUACUUUUCCCUCGCCAACAGCAGUCACCGACGUCCUACCGGUAGAAGACGAGAUCGAAGAAAUUGUGCGACAACAUCCACCAAUACUACCUUCCUCCUCCGCAAGGUUUCGAGCUCGUUCGCUGCGAGCGCCCGUCCAACGUCGAGUUCGAAUGGGCAAAAGCGGGAAGACCUACCAGAUGUUUGAAAUUUCGACGAUGGAGUCGAGAAGGAGUAUGGAUGGGUCCGACUCGUCAUCGUCGGCUGUGACUGUGGUUACUUCUGCAACAUCAUCAUGCACAGAUCCAUGGAGUUCAUCGAUCUCGAGCAGUGGUUGGGUUGAGGAAGAAGAGGACGAGCCCGACUUCGAUUGGGAUCAUGAAGACGAGAGACAAAGAGACGACGAUGGGGACAUGUUGUUGGUACCGAAGCUUGAGCCGGUCGAUGAUAUAGAUAUGGCAGAUCUAUCAGAUGUGAAGGAGAGCAUUAUUCCUGAGACGCCUGAAACAUCGUCGUCGAUCUCAACACCGGCGCAGGUCAAGAGACCUCGCGGCCGCCCAAGGAAACAUCCCAAGCCAUCCCCAGAGGCAUUGGCCAAGGUCGCGAAGGGGAGAUCAAAGACUGGUUGUAUCACUUGUCGGAGGCGGAAGAAGAAGUGCGACGAGACAAAACCUGGCUGCCUCAAUUGUGAGAAGAACUCUGUGAUAUGUGAAGGUUAUCCGGAGAAGACGACAUGGAAGAGCGGGAAGGAGAAGGGGGAAGAAGGUAGGGUCAUAAUGACAUGCCAGCAGAGAGCGGAUGAGCUGAUCGAAUCAACAGCCCUGAAACGCAGGGCCGCAAGCAUCACAAUCUCCAGCAUACAAUUGCCCUAUCUGGUCCAUGGAGUAGAGACAGAGGGUGACAGGAUGUUCCUUCAUCACUACAUCUCUCGACUGAGCAUGAUUUUCACUCUGGAAGGCGAAAAUGAUAGUGCUUUCAGGAAUAUCUUACUUCCGAUGGCUCAGCAGCAUUCCGGUCUGAUGCAUUCGAUAUUGGCGCUGUCCAGCAAACAUAUCGACUACGACUCUCCAUAUGGACUUCAAAUCUUACAAGAGCAUCCAAACGUAGAUGUCAAAAUGCUUGAAGAACGGUCACAAUUUCACCACGACGAGGCGUUCAAGGAAUUGACGUGCAGGAAGAGUGAAGAAGUUGCCGUCACCCCCGCCACGUAUGCUCAAAUGAUUUGUUUUGUUCUCCAAACUCUAUCGGACAAGACCCCAAACGGAUCACAUCGGCUUCAUCUCCAAUACUACCAGAAGUUGAUUAAGGAGAGCCCGCCAGCCGAGGAAACGGAGUUCACAAAAUUCAUCCACGAGUUCUUCCAAUAUCACAUAUGCGCUGAUCAACUCAUCCAUCUACCUCAAGGCGAUGUUCACUACGUCUCAAUUCCAGAUGAUUGGAAUCUCCCAACAACUGUCCUACAGCCCUCCGCUGUUCGUCUUCUCGGAGUCUUCGAUGGACUCUUCCUUUACAUGUCGAAGAUAACCAAUCUCAGGAACAAGAUCCGUCACAACGUGGAGCAUGGAAUUGAUCCCGUCGUCGACUACAGAGCUUUCUACGCAGCAGCUGAAAUCGAUGCUGGGAUCAGGGAAUGGACACCCGCGUGGCCCGCAGGCGACCCACGCGAUGCAGCCGGUAUGCUCUACAGGCAAAUGAUGUGGAUCUAUCUCUGGCGUACGAUCAACCCACCGCAAGUCACCAACUGGAAGCCGGAUCCCAAGAACAAGAUCAAGCAAGCCGUCGAUGACGGCCUUGAGCUUCUCUCCGGCUUUGGAGCUCGUGAUCCAAGUCAGACCUUGAUUCUAGCUCCUGCGUUCGUAAUCGGCUGUGCAGCAUUCGAGAAAUACCAGCGCGAGCCGAUCCGCAAGGCCAUCGGUGUCGUAAAGAACUACAUGGAGUACAAGAACACCGACACCGCACUGGAAGUUCUCGAAGAAGUGUGGAGGCUGAUGGAUGCGCACGAUGAGCAGAGCUGGGACUGGCAAUCCAUCGCACACCGGAUGGGGAUGGACUUCCUAGCCACAUGAUACACGCUUUUGCUUACUUCGCUCUUCUUGUUAAUGCUCGACGACGAUGAUACCCGGAUUUCCACGGCUGCAGUGGACUUAAUUUAGACGCUAUCACGUGUACACGACGACCUCGACCUAUUGACGACCGAUCCACACUAUAUACGUUUACAUGCCGCCGCUACGCCUUUGUAUUCUCGACCUUCUUCAUCCAGAUCCUAUAUCACUUGUUCCUUUCCUGUCACGCAUCUCUGGCGGGUUGGCGGCUUUCUUCCCGCGAUGUUUUUGUGUUAUGAUACCAAGCUUA